GAGCAUUAUUUAGAUCUGACGGUUGGUAUAAUGCGCAUCGUUAAUCAUCUUCCUCCAUUGUACUGUUAUGUUUACAAUUUUUUUCCUCUUUCGAGCUUUUUACUAAGGCUGCACCUUUCUCCCUCCACCAUAAAAGCGGAUUCCGAGCUCUCCAUUAAACUGGCUUCUUAGCUUUCUCUCCUCCAUUAAUACUGCUUCUGAGUUAUUGCUCUGGGGAGAGCGGUGUUUGUUUGACCACCUGUUCUGUUGAAGUAGCUAUGCUACCCAGUGAAGUGAAGGAAAGUCAACUUCGUGAGAGCAAUAGCCAGAAAGUACACCCUCAACCAAUGGAGGAGGCCAUGAAUCAAAAUGUAGAAGCUAUAGAUGCUCUAAUAUCAAGAAUCUUUAAUAAUAUUUCCUCUUUGAAGACUGCUUAUAUCCAGCUUCAAUCAGCUCAUACUCCUUAUGAUCCUGAUAAAAUUCAAGUUGCUGAUAAACAAGUCAUUGCAGAGCUGAAGAAUCUAUCAGAGCUUAAGCAUUUUUACAGGGAAAACAAUCCCAAGCCUAUGUGUGUAUCUCCUCAAGAUUCUCGGUUAGCUGCAGAGAUCCAAGAGCAGCAAAGUUUAUUGAAGACUUAUGAGGUCAUGGUGAAAAAGUUCCAGUCAGAAAUUCAGAACAAAGAUUCUGAGAUAAAUCAGUUGCAGCAUCAGAUAGAAGAGGCUACUCAAAAGCGAGAGAAACUCGAAAAGAAUCUCAAGCUUAGGGGCUUGUCAACAAGGGACUCAGAAGCUUCUGGAGAGCAAAAUGGAUUUUUCCCUGUGGAUUUAACUCCUGAUCUGUUCAUUUCAACUGUAGAAUCUGUAUACAAAGCUAUCCAUGACUUCUCAAAACCAUUGAUUAACAUGAUGAAGGCAGCUGGUUGGGACCUUGAUGCUGCAGCUCAGUCUAUUGAACCAAGUGUUGUUUAUGCAAAGAGAUCUCACAAGAAAUAUGCAUUUGAAUCCUGUAUAUGCCAAAGAAUGUUCUUAGGAUUUCAACAGGAAAGCUUCACAGAGAAACCUGAAGAUCUUUCAGUAAACAGAGAGAGUUUCUUUCACCAGUACCUUGCUUUGAGAGAAAUGGACCCUUUGGAUGCUCUGGGUCAGAAUCCUGAUUCCAUUUUUGGUAAAUUCUGCAGGAGCAAGUAUCUAAUAUUGGUACACCCCAAAAUGGAGGCCUCCUUCUUUGGUAAUUUGGAUCAGCGUAACUAUGUGAUGGGGGGUGGACAUCCUCGCACCCCUUUCUACCAGGCCUUCUUAAAACUUGCAAAAUCAAUCUGGCUCUUGCAUAGACUCGCACAUUCUUUUGAUCCGAGUGUCAAGGUAUUUCAAGUCAACAAGGGAACAGAGUUCUCUGAGGUUUACAUGGAAAGUGUGGUAAAAAACCUGGUACUAGAUGAAAGCGAGCAAAAACCAAAGGCAGGGUUGAUGGUUAUGCCCGGAUUUUGGAUUGGUGGCAUAGUAAUUCAAAGUAAAGUUUACUUAACAGGCAUGAAAGUGGCUGAGUGAGUCUUCUCUUUGACGGUUUGAUCACAAUCCCAUUGUGCUAUUCAAUAUGUAAUUUAAUGUUGUCUAUCUUACUGUAUGUUUAAGUGUAUCCUUGUAGUUGCUGGUUGCUCUGUUCGUAGUGCCUCUUUGUUAAGUGUGUUACUCCAAUUUGUUGUUGUAUGAAUAGAGUAUCCUGAUGUGCUUAUUGUUCGGAGGCCUCAAGCCCUCAAGGGCUAGUGGCAUUGGUUCCCAAUUGUUAUGUUGAGUCUACAUCUUCAAGCUUGUCCUACAGUGUAAUGCUUAUUGCGUAAGGCAAUUUUGGUGCAGCAUUUGCGCACCUGGUGGUCCUCGAAUUAUAGCAUAUGAUGAUCGGUGCAUACCUUUUCUUAGUA